GCGCGUGCAUUCAUCACCAACUUCCAAAAACAAGCACAGAAAUACUAGAACAGAUUUUCUUUUAAGGAGCCAUAAAAAAAUACAUUUUUAGCGUGUCAGUGCUUGACACUACGAAAUAAAUUUCUUAAAAACCAAUCAGUUAUCUUGUCGUCGAGGUCUGCAAACAUUUUCAAUGCACUUCGUUAAUGAACUGUUAAUCUUCAAUAUUUGCUGCACUGCAAGAAUACGUUCGGGAGACUAAGUAUUUCAGCACGGAAGCAUUUAAUUCACAUGGCGCACUAAUAUUUUAGGUUAGAGUUGGAAUUAUUGGGUAGUUUCGUCUGUGUAGAUUUAAAGACGUGAAACUGAUUGCGGUUAAUUUACUGUUAUAUAAGCGUAUAUAAGCGAGGUUGAGAUCUGUCCUGUUAUAUUGGAACAAGUUUUAUAUGUAGAUGUACACGUUUGGUCAUGUACCAAUCCCACAAAGAUACGCAUAUAAUAAGGGCUGUUUCCAACAGACAUUAAUCCUAUAAACCGAUAAACCAUUCCUUUCAACAUCUUUCCUGUAAUUAAACAUCUGAUCUGCCAUGGAAGGAACCAGUGCAUCUACUGUUGCUUCUUUACCCCAAAAGAAGUACUACAGACAACGUGCUCAUUCUAAUCCUAUUGCUGAUCACUGUUUUGACUAUCCUAGAAACCCUCAAGAAAUGAAGUGGAAUUCUCUUUAUCCCAAAUUCUUUAAUGAAGAGACCUCUUGUAGGAAAGUAGAAUUUGCUGAUGUUGGAUGUGGUUAUGGAGGUCUAUUAGGCAAUGGAGUGGAGUGGAACAUUGAAUGUGUCAGAGAUGAAGGGUCAUGUAGUGCUGUGGAGCUGGAAAAUUUGACGCUUUCACCUAUGUUCCCGGAAACUCUUAUUCUCGGCAUGGAAAUCAGAGUGAAAGUUUCAGAUUAUGUAAUGGAUCGUAUUGCGGCUCUCAGAAUUCAACAUCCAGAACAGUAUCAAAACAUAGCGUGUAUCAGAACAAAUGCUAUGAAAUAUCUUCCAAAUUUCUUCUGUAAAGGCCAAUUAAAGAAAAUGUUUUUUCUGUUCCCUGACCCUCACUUCAAAAAAGCCAAACACAAAUGGAGAAUCAUCAAUAAUACUUUACUUGCGGAAUAUGCAUACGUAUUAGCUGAGCAGGGAAUUGUGUAUACUAUUACAGAUGUGAAAGAUCUUCACGAUUGGAUGGUUAAACAUUUUUCUGAACAUCCUCUGUUCUCACAAAUUGAAGAAGAGAAAUUGAAAGAUGAUCCCAUAAUAGACAAACUUUAUAAUAGUUCUGAAGAAGGACAAAAAGUUACCAGGAAUAAUGGAAAAAAAUUCCUUGCUGUCUUUGAAAGAAUUGCUGAUUCAUUUUCAAGGUAGCAGUCGGUGAUUACUCAUUCUGAAAUAUGGAAUAAUUUUCUAGGGACAUGGACCAGAAACACCUAGGACAUUCAAAAGUCCAAAGAGAAUUGUUAGGGUAAUAGCAAAGAUUGACACAUGAAUCAUGCAGGCCACUCCAAUAAUUUCAGACUUCUUUAUUACCAAGUCUGUACAUACACCAAAUAAUUAUGUUUGUAAAGAGAGAACAUUAAAGGAAAAAAUAUUUAUAAUGCAAUACAAAUAUACAUCAGUGCAGUGCCUGACAAUCAAAUUGUUUACACAUCUAUUCUUCAACAACUCUUUGACCAAAAAGGAGCAUAUUACAUAGGUAAACACCUUUAUAAUAAGCACCGAGAUAAUGUAAAGAAUAUUAACACAAACAAAAAUUCAAUGAAGAGACUAAGAAGUUUUUCCCAAAGAUGACUUGGUAGAGCAUUGAUGAAUACCUCCAUGACUAAAUAGGUCUUUGGUAUACUUCCUAAGAAAAGCAAGUAAACCCACAGGCUGCUAAAAACAAUUAAAUUUAAAGUUUACAAUAGUAUACUCUUAAGUAUAUGAUAAUAAGUAUGCACAUUUACAUUUCUGUAAUUUGAUACUACCUAUACUAAUGUAAACUACUUUUGUAUAUUUAUGUAUAAUGUAAUAUAAUGAAAAAUUUAAUAUAUCUAAAGUAAAAUAUCAUGAUUAGAAUGUGUAAGUAUGUAAAUAAAUUGUAAUUGUAAGCAUGCACAAAAUUACGAUUAUAUGUGCUUUAUUGAAAUAAGAAUAUUAUGGUUGUAGCGUUGUACUAAACCAAAGCAAAGUGACUAUUUUUUAACAAAUAAAUAUUAAAAUAAUAUUAUAUGUAUAAUAUAAUAUUUAAUAUGAUGUAAUGUUAAAAGUAUAAUAUACGUCUAUUUGUAAUAAGUACAAU